ACCAUGUUACCCUUCACUAGUGUGUGUGUGUGUGUGUAUAACAAACCCCACCAUAGCUUCCCUCAUUACUCCUUAUUACUACUCUUUUCUUUUUGUUUAUUUGUCACUCUCUACAAGCCCUUCUUUGUUAGGUCACCUGUGCAUAUCACAUCUCUCAUGCUAUAUCUCACACAAGGUCUUUGAUGAUGGAUAUGGAAGCUCAAGAUGAGUUCAUGGGGUCUAAUGAUCUUACUCAGAUCGUUAAAGGCAAACGCACCAAGCGGCAAAGGUCAUCUUCCCCACACAAGGUGGCGACCUCUUGCUCAUCAAGUGGCUAUGGUGGUGGUGGGGGAGAAAGAGGAGUGCUUAUAGAGGAGUAUGGUUCAAUUUCCUCUCCUACAACUUCUAGUGAGGUUUGUGAGAGCACAGAAGAAGAAGAAGAUAUGGCUAAUUGCUUGAUUCUGCUAGCACAAGGUGACGUCCCUCCAAAGCAAAUUCAUGAAAAUAAAGGCAGUAAAGUUGAGAAAUUUAGUGCUCGAAAAUUCUCAGAUAUGUCCGCACCAACCAUUAACAAGGCCGGUUUCUUUGUAUACGAGUGCAAAACCUGUAACCGUUGUUUCCCAUCAUUCCAAGCAUUAGGUGGGCACAGAGCCAGUCACAAAAGGCCUAAGGCCACAGCACCGGAAGAGAAAAAAGGUCUUGUGGUGGCAUCAAUGGAGGAUCUUGACGAUCGUCAAUUGAAUAAAAGGAGUCCUUAUCCUUGUCUUUCUCUCCAAAUACCCAACAACAACAACGUUAACAAGGGUUUUCAGGCUAACAAGGCUAAGAUUCAUGAGUGCUCAAUUUGUGGCUCGGAGUUCAUGUCAGGUCAAGCUCUUGGAGGUCACAUGAGAAGGCAUAGGGCCAACACAGGCGCCAACCAAGUGAGCAAUAUCAGUACUGAUUCAUCAAGUGCCACCACUGAGUCUAAAAUUCAUGGUGAUCACCAUCAUACGAUCAAGCCACGAAAUAUGUUGGCUUUGGAUCUUAAUCUACCAGCUCCUCCUGAGGAUGAUCAUCACCUCCGCGAAUCCAAAUUCCAAUUAUCGUCAACACAACAACCACUAGUGUUCUCCUCCCCAGCCUUAGUGGAUUGCCAUUACUAGAAAAAUACUAAAAAAGAUCCAUAUGGAUCAAUGUGAAUUAAUUUUAAUUGUAUCAUUGCUAUAAUUUACUAGAAUUCAUUACUAUCCAAA